AUGAACCUUUCAAAUACUUUACAGAAUUAUUUGACAAGAUCUUCAAAGAAUGAUAACGUUACGAUCGAGGACAGGAUUGUCAAAUUAAUCGAUCUGUACAUUAAAUGUUUACGAUACAAGAGCGAUUUUAAAGAGAUUGAGGUUCGAUUAAAUGAUAACGGGAUCUUUUACAUAUACAAGAAUCAAGAUUUUAAGAAUCUCAUGAAAAUCGAGACAAACUUAUUAUUUGAUUAUUCGUCAUACUUAAAAUAUCUAAGAUAUGAUGAUCUUUACAAUUUCAUAUCCAUUUAUCUGAGCUCUUUUUCAAAUGGUGUUUCGUUCGCCAAUAAUAUUAAGAAAUCAUUGUUCACGUAUAACCCGUAUAGCAUAAUAACGAAAAGAACGAUAGUUAUGGAGUUGUUUAAAAUCUUUUUAAAACAACAACAAAAUAUAAUUGAGUUAUCCAUAAGUACGAACUUUAUUAAUGACUUUAAAAAAUUCGAAAUAAAUCAUUUUAAUGGAAUCGAUCAAGAUUUAUUGGACAUCUUUAAAGAUCAAACCUUACCAAUUGGAAAGAAAGGUCGGAAGGGUAAUAAUAUAAAUACCCUUAUCUGUGGUGGAAUCAAAUUUGAUGAAAUCUUAAAGUUGUUACAAAAUAAUCUAAGGUUAACGUCCAUCAAAAAUUUUAUCAUAGAUUUUAAUUUACCCCCACAUAAUAACGACUUUAAUUUCGGUAAUCAUAAAUAUCAAAUUUCUUCAGAGAAGAUAAUAGAUUUCUUGUCGUUGCAAAAGAAAUUAAAAAAAUUAUGCGUAGUGGGAAGGUAUUAUGAGUUAUAUAAUAUAUUUUAUAAAUUAUCCGAUGAGAAUAUUUUAGAACAAUUAACUUGUCUGGAAUUUUACGGGAUUAUAUUUCAAAAUAGUUUGUCAAGUAAUCAAUCACUCAUGACCGGGAUCAUUCGAUGCCACAAUUUACACGAGCUGGUAUUUGAGGAUUGCGUAAACCUGACCAGUGAUAUUGUAUAUCAGCUGCGUAAUUCUCGAUUUACAUCCCUGAAAAAGUUCACCCUCAGGAACUGUUCGGGAAAAAACAUCAAUUCAAAAUCAUCUCACAACUCUAUAGCUACUUUAAUAAGGAACUCUCGUGGAGGUCUUGAAGAGGUUAGGUUUGGAAGAAAGUUGAAAUGGUUCAUAAGAAAGAUUUAUGACGUAGGCAAUAUCGUUUUGGAAGAGAUGACAAAAUGUGAGAAAUUGAAGGUGGUGGAAUUUUGCGUGUUGGUUGAAAUCGUUGACGAUUUCUUGGAGGUACUUGGGAUGUGCAAGAAUUUGGAAAAGGUAAACAUAUCGGUGGAUUACGAAUUAAGUGAUAAUGAAUCAUUUUGGAAAAGGUUUGGGAAUGCUUUAAGCGAGAAUCGUCCCGCGUUAAAUGAAUUAUCGAUUUGCAUUGGGGGCACCGGGGGGAAUGGUUGUGAGAAUGAAUUAUGGAUAGAGAUGUUUGAAUGGUUUUUCGGUUCAUGUGACAUUCCUAUUGAUAUAUUGAAAUUCCCAAUGUGUUAUUCCAUUAAUGAAAAUUAUCUCAAAAUUAUUGGAAGGUAUGCAAAAAGGGUUGGGGAUGUAAAGAAGGUAAUGUUGUGCGAAGGCGUCAUAAGGAAGAAAUAUGAUUGCACCUUGAUGAUCGAAGGCAUCCAAUCCGUACGCGUGUGUCGUGACGAUGUAGAGUUUGAUGAUGAUGAUUUGGUAAGGAGGGGGAGCAGGUUUCGUAAUGGCAUACAAUAA